GCUUGCACAGAAUCAGUGCAGUGUGGAAUGCUUUGAAACUGAAGUGCAAAAGAAGUUGUUUUCACAUGUGUUAGUUACUGUUGCCUUCUCUUGUCGUGUAUACGUAUUUGCUAGAAUUCCAGGGAGUAUAGUGUUAUAGUUAUUGCCUUGCUUUUCAAUGGCCGGAAGAGGCCGAGGAGGGAGAGGGGCCCAGCUCCUUCAGGCUUUGGAUACGCCAGUAAGAAGACCAGGCCAGACUAAGGAAAGCUUUCAGGCGCAAUUGAGUAGUCGCGAGUCUGCAUCAUCAGGCGUGAGCACUGCAGGAAGUUCUGUCAGUUUCCCAAGCACUCAAUCAUCUGCAACCCCAUCAUCUGCUUCAGCCUACUCAAGCCAUGACUCGAGCAAGACACCGCCUCCACCCACUGCUGCAAUGGCCGCCAUGACCAUGAAAAGAGAGAGCCCGCCUGGCUCUGCGGGCCCAUCUCGUACCAGCCCUGAGAUACGCGCUGCUGCAGCCCCUUCCCCAUCGCAGAGUGGUGGCUCACCACCAAGCUCACAUAGCAGUAUCUCAGGCUCAAGUAGUUCUAGUGACAAGAGGAGCAGUGCGUCGAGCUCAUCGGGCAAAGUGUCCCUUGAUGCACCUACACCACAGCGAGGCACAACCGGAGAAGAGAUUCCUCUCUGUGCAAAUUACAUUGCCGUCAAGUCAACAACACAAGGCGUGUUCCAGUAUUGUGUCAAGUUUGAUCCUGAAGUGGACAACCGCAACAUGCGCUACGGCAUGAUGAACGAACACAAGGAUGUUAUUGGCGACACAAAGGCUUUCGAUGGCUCCACGCUUUUUCUCCCCCAUGAGCUGUCCGACAAGACCACUGUGGUGCAGUCUAAGCGCCAGACUGAUAGCCAACCGGUCAACAUUUCGAUCACGCUAACCCGUAUCGUACCGCAUGAUGAAUGCCAUCAGCUGUAUAACAUCGUCUUCCGCCGCGUGAUGCGCUGUCUGAAUCUGAAGCAAGUAGGACGGUCGCACUUUAACCCCAACACACCGAUCAUGGUCCCGCAACAUAAGCUGGAGAUUUGGCCUGGCUAUGUCACGUCAAUCCAGAGUUACGACGGUGGCCUGAUGUUGAUGUGCGAUGUUUCACAUCGACUAUUGCGUACCGACUCCGUCCUGUCAUUCAUGAGCGAUAUGUACAGUGCAUCUUCCAGGAACUUCCAAGAGAACUUCAUGAAGCAGAUUGUUGGAACAGUGGUGCUGACACGGUACAAUAACAAGACCCAUCGUGUUGAUGACAUUGCCUGGGACAUGAACCCACUCAGUACCUUCAAGGACUCCAGCGGCGAGGAGAUCUGCUUUCUGGAUUAUUACCGGAAACACUAUGAAAUCAAGAUUGAGGACAAAGAACAACCUCUGCUUAUCAGUCGUGUCAAACGUCUUCGGCCAAGGCGCCAUGGUGAUGCACCAGAUACAUCACUGGAGGAAGAGGUGAAAAUCUGUCUUAUUCCUGAGUUGUGCUCCAUGACUGGACUCACGGAUCAGGCCAGGGAGGAUUUCCGAGUGAUGAAGGAUAUUGCUCAGCACACUCGUAUAACACCGAACCAGCGACAAGUUGCAAUGAAGAAGUUUGUGGACAACAUCAAUGCGACACCCGAGGCCCGGCAUGAGCUGACACGUUGGGGACUUGCCCUUGACCCGACCAUGACCCAGCUUUCUGGGCGUGUGCUGCCGAGAGAGAAGAUCCUCACACAUCACAAAACGCUCAUGGUCAAUGCCGAGGCUGAUUUCAGUAGAGACGUAACUCGGGAGAAGUGCAUUACAGCCGUUAACUUGGACUGCUGGGUAGUGGUGUGCACACAGCGAGAUCGUGCAAAGGCAACAGACUUCAUCAUGAUGAUGAAGCAGGUUGGACCUAGCUUUGGAAUGGCAAUCAACGACCCGGUCACUAUUCAUCUGGAAAAUGACCGCACUGACACUUACCUGCGCUCCAUUCGACAGGCUGUGCAAUCUGAGCUUCAAAUGGUGGUGUCCAUCUUCCCAACAAAGCGUGAUGAUCGCUACAACGCUGUCAAGAAAUUGUGUUGCGUGGAGUCCCCUGUUCCAUCACAGUGUAUCAACACGAGAACGAUCGGUGAUGCGCGCAAGCUACGUUCUGUCACCCAGAAGAUUGCACUUCAGAUGAACUGUAAGAUGGGUGGAGAGCUGUGGGCUGUUGAGAUGCCGGUGAAGAACCUCAUGGUCGUGGGCAUUGACACCUACCAUGACAAGCAGAGCCGCUCGGUUGGCGGGUUUGUAGCCUCCACAAACCAGUCCAUCACUCGCUGGUAUAGUCGAGUGUGCUUUCAAGAGCGAGGCCAGGAGUUAGUCGAUGGCCUGCGUGGUUGUCUGAUGGAUGCCAUUCGCAACUAUCACGAGAUCAACCAUACUUUACCUGACCGGAUUGUUGUGUUCCGUGAUGGUGUCGGCGAUGGGCAAAUGUCAACAGUGCGCGACUAUGAAGUGCGUCAGCUUGUCGAGUGCUUCAAGCACUUUGGUGAUAACUACAAACCUCGCAUGGCCAUGGUGAUUGUGCAAAAGCGCAUCUCCACACGCGUCUUCUUCCGCGGCCACCAGUUGGAGAACCCACCGCCAGGAACAGUCGUUGAUCACACCGUCACUCGCAAGGAUGUGUAUGAUUUCUUCUUGGUGAGUCAGCAUGUUCGCCAGGGCACUGUGACUCCUACCCACUACACGGUUGUACAUGACACAACCGGCUUCCAGGCCAAUCACAUGCAGCGUCUGGCUUACAAGAUGACGCACAUGUACUACAACUGGCCUGGCACCAUCCGUGCACCUGCACCUUGUCAGUAUGCCCACAAGCUGGCAUUCCUCGUUGGACAAAGCUUGCAACGGGAUCCUGACCGUAAACUAUCCGACCGUCUGUUCUUCCUCUGAACUGCAUGUGUUGUGCAUACCAACCUUCUCCUUCAGCCGUGCAUUGCUUUGGCUUGGAUGCACCUUUUGCUACUUCCUGUGGCUUCCACAUGUGUGCGUGUGUGCAUGAGUGAGUAAGUGAGUAAGUGUGGGUGGGUGUGGGUGUGCGCGCGUGCAUGUGUGUGUGUGUGCGUGUGUGUGUGUGUGCGUGCGUGUGCGUGCGUGCGUGAGUAUGCAUGUGUGUGCGCGAGUGUGUGUAUGGCUGUCCAUGUUUACUUAGUAUAUUUCUUUACACGUAGUUGUUAUACUGGUGUUUCUGAUGCUAAUAAGUAGCACAUCACACAUUGUAUCCUUUUCUGGGUGACUAAGUAUAGUAAUGAGGCUAGUACUCUGGCAUUCAUGAUACACACAGAUAGCAGCUGUUGCAUACAUACCAGUAGGUUGAUUCAGACUAGUACCAUCAUCUGGCUCCCCGCCCCGUCUAGGCUUUUUCCGGUUGAUAUCGUUCUGUUUUCUUUCCUCGCUGUGUCUGAUUCGGUGGGCUUAUGCUGUGCCCAGCCAUCUUCCAACCACCAGUCUGGUGAUCGGUGUAUUUUAUGACCAGUGGUGUACCAUGAUUAUCUUACUAACGUAGGUGGCCUGUUGAGCAUGUUCCCGAGGCCGAGGCUAGUUUUUAUCCAUGUAUUUUUUAAAGAGUGUUGUGUUGAGUUAGCUGUUGCUGGAUUGCCUCACCAACAAUGUUACCGUUUUGCUCUUCUCGACUAAUGAGUGAUGAAUGUCCUGCAUGACCAUGAUGACUGCCUGCAGCCUGUGUAUCUCUUUUUAACACGCCCCAAAUGAAUCUUCGAAUCUGGCCGUUUACAGUCCCUUUUUUUGUGUAGCGUGUUUAGUGUCUAACAGCCUCCACAUGCCCUAUCUGGGGUUUUCUUCUUGCGUGGCGCUUGUUUUUUUGCCUGUGCUGGCUCAGUAUGUGUCAGUGUAUGUGUGUUGCAAACAAGUCGAUCUUGCUUCUAAACUUUAUUUUGUGGUGUACUAGUACUAAUUUUACAGCAUACUGUACUGCUUCAGCUCUUCUGCAUGCUCCUUUCAUUAAGCGAGACCAA